GCACACGGCACCGAGGUAGUGCUGAGAGCAUAAAUCCAACCUGUUUCUGUUUACAUCGGAUUACAGACACGCGUGGCUUCCAACAGGAGGAGGAUUGGUUUCAUAUUUUUAUGGUUUUAUGGUUGUCUUUUAUGGACUGAUGUGUUGUUGAAGUACCGGGUGGAGCAGCUGGCGGAGGCCGUCUGUCGUUAACAUCCUCCCGGGAAAUAAACGCGGUUAGCCCUGUGGCUAAUCCAGAGAAGGCACAUUAGAGAGCAGAGGGUCUCGAUCCCCUGCAGAGAUGAUGAUGUUGAUGACGUUGCUGCUUGCCGUGCGUCUUUGCGGCGCUGUGACGGCGGCCCCUGAAUGCAGCUCCACAGAGAGCAAUACUGCAGUGCGUUCACUGUCUGCUGGGGUGGAUGCUCUAAGGGCCGAGCAGAGCCAGAGGCAGCACCUGGAGGCUCUGUUCAACAGAUAUGGAGAGAACGGCAGCAUCUCUUUAGCUGGGCUGAAGCUCCUCUUGCAGAACGUGGGCUUGGAUCGGAACAGGACCGUUAUGGUGAAACAUCACGAGCAACCGGGCCACCACCAUCACCAUCAGGAAGACCACCACCACCACCACCACCACCACAACAACAACAACUCCCACCCCCAAAAGUCUGCAAAGGCCUCGGAGGUGUCCAAAGAUCAGGACAGUCUGCAGGACAGGAAGCGGGCGGUGGAGGUCGUGUCAUCUCCGGUGUUCAGUGCACAGAUGAUGGUGAAACCGGACCAAGACCAGGAGACCACCGGGACCCCUGAGGACCACAGCCCCCUAAGCCAGGAGGUUCCCCACAACCACAGCGAGGACAGUGUGGAGUGCCUGAACGCCUCCAGCAUCCUCUCCUCACACGGCAUGACUCCAGGGGGAAGCGUCACCAUCGCCGACUUCAGCUAUCUCUGCCCCGCCCUGCUCCACCAGAUCGACGAUGGAGCCUGCAUCCGGCACAGAAACAAUAAACACGCUCACCACGGGGACCAGAACGCCUCAGAGCAGAACAACCACACCGGCGGGGAAAGUGUCAAAAACGUCACAAUCGCGUGGGUCGGAGGCUUCGUCUCCAUCACGGUGAUCAGCCUGCUGUCGCUGCUCGGCGUCGUCCUCAUCCCGCUCAUGAACAGAGUCUUCUUCAAGUUCCUGCUCAGCUUCCUGGUGGCGCUUGCCGUUGGGACGCUGAGCGGCGACGCCUUCCUGCACCUCAUCCCGCACUCUCAGGGCGGCCACCAUCACCACCACGAGGAUUCUGGGAUAAAUGAGGCGGGACAUGAGCACCACGAGGAGGAGAACCUGGACGGCGUGUGGAAAGGUCUGACGGCUCUGAGCGGCGUCUACAUCAUGUUCCUGAUCGAACACUUCCUCACUCUGGGGAAAAUGUACAAGGACAAGAAGCAGAAGAUCAAGAAGUGGGAUCAGAACGAUAAAGCAGAUCCGGAGAAGCAGCCGGCUCUGGAGGACCUGAAGCCAGCUGAAGAUGUGGAGACGAACGGCGCCGCCAUGUACGGCGACCCGUCGCUCGGCCUGCAGGGCGGCAGCGAGGCGGAGGAGGAGCAAGUGAUGCUGGCGCCGGAGGUCUCCAUCGUGUCUGCGCCCGAGGCCGUCGACUACACGGCGGAGGACUGCGAGAACAAAUGCCACUCCCACUUCCACGACACGGUGGGCAACGCGGACAGGCAGCACCACCACCACCACGACUACCACCACAUCCUGCACCACCACCACUCCCAGAACCACCACCCGCACAGCCACUCCCACUCCUACUCCGAGCAGCACUUCAAGCAGGCCGGCGUCGCCGCGCUCGCCUGGAUGGUCAUCAUGGGAGACGGGCUGCACAACUUCAGUGACGGCCUCGCCAUCGGCGCCGCCUUCACUGAGGGUUUGUCCAGUGGCCUCAGCACGUCUGUGGCUGUGUUCUGCCACGAGCUGCCUCACGAGUUAGGGGACUUUGCGGUGCUGCUGAAGGCGGGCAUGACGGUGCGUCAGGCCAUUCUCUACAACGUGCUGUCGGCCAUGAUGGCGUACCUGGGCGUGGUGAUCGGUAUUUUGAUCGGACAUUUCGCGGAGAACGUGUGCAUGUGGAUCUUCGCCCUCACAGCCGGACUCUUCCUGUACGUGGCGCUGGUGGACAUGGUUCCGGAGAUGUUGCAUAACGACGCGGGCGAUCACGGCUUCAGCCACUGCGGCUUCUUCCUGCUGCAGAACGCCGGCAUCCUGCUGGGCUUCUGCAUCAUGCUGCUCAUCGCCAUCUUCGAGCACAAAAUCCAGCUGGACCUGGGGUACUGACGGAGACCAGCUUCCCCCUGAAACCCAGAGAGGCGCAGCAGCCCCCGAGACCCUGACAUGACUCUCGUUUCAUCUCUUCCUGUCCCCUGGUCUGGAGGUCAAUGGGUUUCUGAUUUAUUUAUUUUUUGGGUUUUUAGCCGGAAAUAAGGUCUGAGGGUAACACGAGCUGAGGAGAUUCUACGGUUUAGUUCUACCACAUAAAACCUGCCAGUAAAUAACCCUCUGGUGGUUUAGAAAAACAUCAUCACGCUCAACGUUAGCCGCCUUUAGCUUAGCGGUGGUGACGUGAAGUCAUGUGACCGUGCUGUAGGUCCUUUAUAGCCCAACAUUAGCCUCCUUUAGCUUAGCGGUGGUGACGUGAAGUCAUGUGACCGUGCUGUAGGUCCUUUAUAGCCCAACAUCCUACACUAAACCUGUAAGCAUCACAAACGUUUGACUCGGACAUUAUUUCCUGCAAUUAUCCAAAAUCACAUGGAGGAAUUCCAUUGGACCAGGGAGAUGCUGCCUUCAGGGUCCAGCUCAGAAAUAGGUCAUCACUGUAUUAAGUGUCUGUCAGAAGUGUAGUGCGUUAUUUUUAUAUGUUGUCAUCGACCUUUAGUCUAGUCUGCUUUGUUUAGCGUGUAUUUCCACAUGAAGUAGGAAGAAGCACCGGUUCAAACACAGGAAGAAGUUUUAUAUUUCUUAAUGUUCUUGCACAGCGGUUAAAAAGUCUACAGAGAAAACAUUAUUAAAAUAAAGAAAAAGUCCUCUUAAAAAUCUCUGGAGGCUCAGUGUUUCCGCUGAUGAUCCAGGUUAGUAUCCAGUGGAUAAAUCACGCUAUGAAAUCGCUCCUGUUCGCGCUCAGAGCACAAUAUCACGAUACAAAGAAUUCAUGAAGGAUAAUACCACGACAAAAACCUGAAAUAUUUACGAUAUUAAAAACUGAUGCCGUGAGAAAACGUUUUUAACUGAAGGGCUUUUGCUUUCGUUCUUUGGUAGAAUAACAGUAGCUUUGACUUUAGCAAUUAGCAUGAGAGCUUGGUUAGCACGCAGAGAAUUAUGGGAGUCUAUACUUGAAGAUAUGAUUGGACCAGAAACAGAAAUACAGUUCAGCUUUAAGUGUCCACGUGGAAACAGCGCCUCUUUCCAGAAACGUCAAUUAAAUUAUGGAGAACUGCCGAAACAAUCCUUAAAUGAAAACAUCAGGAAAAGGAAAAAUAACGGACUAAAAGACGACUUUAAUAUUAUUUAAAGAAGACAUUAAGACAGUGUUCAUUUAAUUAAGGGGAAUAAGUGAAACAGUAAGCCAUAAACAACAGUUAUUGUACUGGUGGGUUUUUGUACGUUUAAUUAUAGGGGUGUAAAAACAAGUGUCACCCAGGAGUCUGCUGUUUGAUUUAAGGACAUUGAAUAUGUUAAAGGUGCCAUUUAAACCCGCAGGAAGGUCCUUCAAAGUGGGAUUAGGAAACUGGCGAGUUUAUAAAUCCAGUUUGAAGUAGCAGACGUAGUUUGAGUCCCCAAAGAGUUGAGUUCUGGCAGGAAGUCCGUCCAUGAAACCACCGUGAGUUCAGACCAAUGAAGGAAAAUGUGUCGCAGAACUUAAGAGUUAAACAAAACCUCUUUAAAAGAUCAAAAAUAAUAUGAAUGGGGAGAAAGAUGGUGGACAGUCACUGAUUGAAUAUUGGAAAAGGAAGCGGUUCAUUAGUGAGGGUUUUCUCCAGGAUUUGAGGCACACAGAUCUGGAAAACGGUGGUGCAGAGCUCCUGAUGUUGGGUUUAGACGGAAGUAAGAAUGACUUCACAUUUGCCUUUUUUUGUCGACACUUGGACCUUAAACACCGAGCAUUCCUUAACUUCUGAUUUUAUUUUCUCAAAGUUAAAAAAUAAUUGGUGAAUAAAUACUUUAACAUCUCUGAACAUUUUGCAACUUCAGCUUUCAGAACAGCCGUUCCUGCAGCUGAGCUCCAGGAUUUAGAGUUUCUCAUUUAAAUUCAACCCUUUUGUGCUAUAUUUUUUAUGGGCAUCUUUUCCAUCUUUUCUCUGUUUUUAGCUUUUUAUAAAUGUGGAACACAGGUAUUUUUUGUUUCCUUUCUCUGUUUUUUGAACUGCGUUUCUUGAUUUUCAUAUCAAAUCUGGCAUCCCGCUCCCUGACGAGCGUUUGCAUUGAAAGGAGAACAUGUAAUAAGAGGUUUGUGCAUGUUCUAUUUAAACUGAACGUAUCACGGUAUCAUUCAUUUAAGCUUAAUGCAUAUUUUUGAAUGAUUGAGCGUACCUCCUGCAGCACCUUAAAGAACCUCCAGGGGGCACAUCAUCAUCUGAGAAACACCGCUUUAGAUUCAGUGUUUUGGUCUCUUUGCUCUUUUCUCUAAACCAGAUAUCUUCCCCGUUUAUUAAGGAGGUCCAGAGGAUCACUUUCACGUCUAAAUUUGAAUUCUUUUUAGGUGGGUUUGGCCCCUAGAAUGUCCCUGGGUAUCACUCACUGACAGAAAUGUGAGUCCAAUCAAAGCAUCACUGUUUUGUUUACUGUGUAUUUUCCAUUUGUUGUUUAUGUAUUUGUUUAUUUUAUUGAUAGUUAAUGUUCAGAACUGUACAACUACAACAUCACAAACUACAGAAUAUGAGUUUACUUCUAAUUGGUUUUUGUAUUCCUGUUUUACAGACGUUAUGAAAAAGUGUUUUUCUAGCUUUUAAAAAAAGGGUACGAAGAGCAGAUUCAUUUCAAACCCCGCUGUGUAUAUUCCAUGUACGAUAUUAUACUAUAUGUACAUAUUUAUAUACAUCGCUGUGUGUUGGUGUUCAGAGGAAAUGUUACAGGAGGUCUGCUUUCUGAUCGGUCUCUAAAAUAAAUGAUGGAACCAGUCUGUU